AUUUCAGUGUGACUGCACCUACAUUUCAAAAGCAAGUUCUACCAACAUAAACUCACACACAAACAUACACAGAGACAUACACAAGAAAUUAGUUUAUGUUGGCCUGGAGGAUCUAUAAACAUGUCAGGACAUUCAACAGCAUUACACACUAUUAGGAAGAAUUUACAACAUCAACAGGCCUAUAAGUCAGCCAGAGAGAAAGAGGAUGAAAAAAGAGAGAGACUGAAGAUGUUGGAAGAAAUUAGGGGGCAACCCAUGAUUUACAACUUUAACACUAAGCAUGUGCAGUGUAUCCAGCUAUUGAAUAUGUCAAUAGAUGGGAUCCAUAUUCAGUAUAACUCACAUAAACUGCCAUUCAUAACAGUGGACUUGUAGUGAAGGCUGAUUAAGUGAUAUAUGCAUAGUUUCCCAUGUUGAAGAGAAAUGUCAUGUCACAUUAUCCAUAUCAUCCCAUCCCAUAGGUCUCCUGAAUGUAGCAUCUGUGCAGCUGAGAAGUAAUCCGGUUGUUUCAGGUUUUAACACGUUAACAGAUUCUUAAAUGUUGAAAUAAUAUUAGAAGCCUUUUAAUUAUUCUACAUUUUGUCUUGCUCUCUGUCGUUGUUAUAUAUUGCGUUUACAUUUGCAUGCAAAAUCGUGUCUUACUAAACGCCUUCAGUUGAAAUUGACCAAGAUAGAUGCUCAUUUUAAAACAAUUUAACUGUUUUCCAAAACAAAUAAAAAAGCUAGAAUCGUUUAUUAGAAUAAUCCGCACUAUAACUGUCUUGCUGUUUCCUAUCGUGCAUGUCAACUCACUCGUGAGACACGUAAAGCUGAAUUGGAAAAUGGAAUUAUGUGAUUGUGUGGAGUGUCAUUUUCAUUUGUUUGAAAAGAGGCUGAAUGCCUGGCUCAGUUGCUUGUUUUGAUGAUUUUUCUCCCUCUUGCAGUGCCACAGUGUUCAAUGCGUCUCCAAGUGCGCACGACCAGUCUGCAGCAGCGUUCCGAAGACCGCAUGCCAGGCAUCUGGCUGCUCUGCGUUUAUUUCUGGAGGCGCUGCUUUUUGCUUAAUCACCCCCAACAGGUGGAUAAGUCUAGUAGGCAAGAACAUCGGCGAAAAUACACCCUGGGGAUAACUGGACGCGUUGCUGAACCAGGUGUAAUCCACCGAGGAAACUUCGCUGUCGCUUAUUUUCGUUUCCAGCAUUUGUUGCGCGGUGAGCUGAAUGCGGCGUGCACCGGUCUGCGUAUUUUUCCCCAAAUGAGACCGAAUGGAAGUCGUGAUCAAAACUGACCGAAUCUGGAUGUACAGUGGAAAUAUUGUCAAGUCUCCAAAAAUGAGAAGGGAGAAUGUAGACUAGACUAUAAACCAAGAGAAAGACAGACUGGCAUCACAGUUAGCUGUACAUUAACAAGCAGGGUCUUCGUGGAGAUCCACACUGCAGUUUUCACAUUUGAGGGAUGCUAAAUUCAAGAAGUUGAGGCGAAUGUUUUUUUUAAGCUUUAUGCAUCUGUUUUACUAGCUCAUGGGCUCUUGGAAUAUUUUCCAAAGGAAGAACAUUGGUCUCCACAAGCGAAGUUCCGAUGCCCAACAGCACACAGUAUGAACUUCCCCAGGCUGGCAGCAGCUGUAGCAGUGUUUGCAGAGUGCUUGUAAGCUGAAGCCCAGGGAGAUGUCACAACUGUACUACCGGCGGACUGACAGCUCCUCGUACCGGGACCGCAUCCCGCUGAGAAUUGUGAGGUCGGAGUCGGAGCUAUCGCCUUUGGAGAAAGCCUACCUCGGAGCUGUGGAGAAGGGGGACUAUGCUAGUGUCAAACAGGCUCUGGAGGAAGCAGAGAUCUACUUCAAGAUCAACAUCAACUGCAUCGACCCUCUCGGACGCACGGCUCUGCUGAUUGCCAUUGAAAACGAGAACCUGGAAAUCAUUGAACUCUUGCUGAGCUUCAGCGUCUACGUCGGCGAUGCCCUGCUGCACGCAAUCCGCAAGGAAGUGGUGGGAGCUGUGGAGCUGCUGCUCAAUCACAAGAAGCCUAGUGGUGGCAUGCAGGUUCCUCCUAUCUUAUUGGACAAGCAGUUCUCUGACUUCACCCCUGACAUCACUCCCAUCAUCCUCGCCGCACACACCAAUAACUAUGAAAUUAUUAAGCUUCUGGUGCAGAAAGGCGUGUCUAUGCCGCAGCCACAUGAGGUGCGCUGUAACUGUGUGGAGUGUGUGUCUAGUUCAGACGUGGACAGCCUGCGGCACUCGCGCUCACGCCUCAAUAUCUACAAAGCACUGUCAAGUCCCUCACUAAUUGCACUCUCCAGUGAGGACCCCUUCCUUACUGCGUUCAGGCUCAGCUGGGAGCUGCAGGAGCUCAGCAAGGUGGAGAACGAGUUCAAAUCAGAGUAUGAGGAGCUGUCUCAGCAGUGUAAACAGUUUGCCAAAGACCUCCUGGACCAGACAAGAAGCUCCAGAGAGCUAGAGAUGAUCCUCAACUACAGAGAUGACAUCAACUUACUGGAGGAGGAGGGCAACAGCGACCUGGCAAGACUCAAGCUAGCUAUCAAGUACCACCAAAAAGAGUUUGUAGCUCAGCCAAACUGCCAGCAGCUUUUGGCGUCCCGGUGGUAUGAUGAGUUCCCUGGCUGGAGACGUCGUCACUGGGCAGUCAAGUUCUUUACCUGUGUCUUCAUCGGGCUCCUCUACCCCAUGUUUGCUCUCUGCUACCUCAUCGUUCCUAAGAGUCGCUACGGCCUCUUCAUCCGCAAGCCGUUUAUCAAGUUCAUCUGCCACACAGCAUCCUACCUGACCUUUUUGUUCCUGCUGCUCCUCGCCUCCCAACACAUCGUCACCACAGAGCAGGGCAGGCAGAACAGGCAGGGUCCCGCACCAACCACCAUAGAAUGGAUGAUCCUGCCCUGGGUGCUGGGAUUCAUCUGGGCAGAGAUCAAACAGAUGUGGGAUGGUGGUUUCCAAGACUAUAUCCAUGAUUGGUGGAACCUGAUGGACUUUGUCAUGAACUCUCUAUACCUGGCCACCAUCUCCCUCAAGAUUGUAGCCUACACGAAGUACAGUGGUAGUAAACCCAGGAACCAGUGGGAGAUGUGGCACCCAACACUUGUAGCUGAGGCAGUGUUUGCCAUAGCAAACAUUUUCAGUUCCCUGCGCCUCAUCUCGCUGUUCACAGCCAACUCUCACCUGGGGCCACUUCAGAUCUCUCUGGGGAGAAUGCUGCUCGACAUCCUUAAGUUCCUCUUCAUCUAUUGUCUGGUCCUACUGGCCUUUGCAAAUGGCCUGAACCAGCUGUACUUUUACUAUGAGACCAAGGUUCCAGAUGCCAAAUGCAAGGGCAUCCGCUGUGUGGAGCAGAAUAACGCUUUCUCCACUUUAUUUGAGACCCUGCAGUCUCUCUUCUGGUCAAUCUUUGGUCUGAUCAGCCUGUAUGUGACCAACGUGGAUGCAGACCAUCAGUUCACUGAGUUUGUCGGUGCCACCAUGUUCGGCACCUACAACAUCAUCUCACUGGUGGUGCUCCUCAACAUGCUCAUAGCCAUGAUGAACAACUCCUACCAGCACAUUGCUGAUCAUGCAGACAUUGAGUGGAAGUUUGCCAGGACAAAGCUGUGGAUGAGUUACUUUGAAGAAGGGGCCACACUGCCGCCCCCCUUCAACAUCGUCCCUAGCCCCAAAUCAUUCUGGUACCUCAUGUGCUGGAUCAAGAGGCAAGUGUGCAAGAGGACAAGCUCCAAGCGCCCCGGAACUUUUGGAGCUCUCGGAAGACGAGCAGCAGAGAACCUGAGGGUAAACCAUCAGUAUCAGGAGGUACUGAGGAACUUGGUGAAACGUUAUGUGGCCGCCAUGAUCAGAGAUGCCAAAACAGAGGAAGGCCUGACUGAAGAGAAUUUCAAGGAGCUCAAACAAGAUAUCUCCAGUUUUCGUUAUGAGGUGAUGGGCAUGAUGAAGACAGGGAAGCCUGCUCUACAGGGGGCAAAGGCCAGUGGCAGCUCAAUGGACUCCAAUCUUGCUUACCCCAGCUCCUCGCUCGAGGUUUCUCCCUGCCCUGAGACCAGCCAGGUGAAGAGCAAACUCAAUCGAUUCAAGCUCAUCACGUCAAUCCUCAAGCAGGGCAGUUCUACAGCUUCACCCAGGCCGCCUGAAGCCUUCAAUGGUCUACCUAAUGGACUCUUGUCCGUGGCCUCUGAUGAGAGCUCCAGCGAAAAGUCAAGCCAGAGGAGAAAUUUCCCCAAAGAUAUUAAUGACUUUGGCUUAUUCCAGAAACACCACUGUGGCAGAAAUGAAGCCAUGUCAAGUACAGAGGUUUCCAGAAAGAUGUACUCUUUGUCAGAAGAAACAACCGAGUCUGGGGGCUCAGAAGCAGAGGGGCAGGACAAAGAGCAUGCAACAGGAGGUACGGAUGAGAAAGGACUCCUGGAGACAGAAAAUAAGGACAAAGCUGCAGUACAUGAGGCUAUGAAUGAAAGUAGCGAGGUCUCGAAUAUGAAUAACAGUUUGGAUGGAAGUGGGCAAAAAGACAGAGAGGACAAGGACAAUGAGAGUUUACCCUGCAGUGACACAGUAGCUGGUGGAUGUCUGUCAGGGUCAUCCAGAGAAGAACUACAGGCCAAGUAAUGUUGGCCUGAAGACAGAGAGAUUGACAAUCAAUGUAGGAUUCAAGUGAGGAUGUUAUUGUUUGUUUUACAAAGAGUCUAACCUUUCCAGUUAUUACUAAACUGAUGAUCAGUUUUGAUCUGUGUGGACUCAGGGAGGCCUUUGGUUGAAGUGUUUUAAAUGCUGUUAUAUUAGCAGUGAAGAUGCAGCAAAGGUGAACUGAGCUCUGUGGGAGCCUUGCAAGGAUUUAGAUUUGGAUUUAGAUUAAAGUCAUUUCAUCUGAUCUCAUCCCUACAGAUGAUAGGAAAGUAAUUAUUUCCUUAAACUGAUAAUUUUCUCUUUUUUUAACCUCCUCUCUCUCCCUGUCCCUGAUCUGACAUGUGCCCUUCUUUUCAAGUUAUCCCAUCAUUCACCACACGCACUCCUUCAUCAAUAUCUCUCUACCUCUUUUCCUUUCCUGUUUAUCUCUACACUGCUUUACUCUGCCUACCCUUAUCUCACUAGAGCAAUAGAUGUGUUUUGUUAUAGACCCAACUCUCUGCCUUACUCUGUCCGUUUCUGCACUGUACACACUGUCACACAGUAUCUCAAAUACGUGUCAAGCUCUGAAGAUGCAACAACAAUUCUGUCAAUGUUUUUCUAUGCAAAAACCUGGGAUUGUCAUUCUCAUCAUUCUGAAGAGGAUAAUAGUACAUUUUACGGCAACAGUUCAUGACUGUGUAAAUUAGAGCGUGGCCAACUGUCAGUCAAAGAACAACGCAAGUUAUAUGAACACAGCCACAACCAUUUAAAGCAACAUAUUAUUCACUCCUACAGAAAAUAAACUUGUCAUUUUGAACAAAUUUGCUGUUUUUAACUAGUACCUUUAGAUGUCAUGUUAGUUUGAAUGAAUGAUGUUAUAGAGAUUAAAACCAUAAAGAAAACUCUUAAUUUGGCUUUUUUUUUUUUUUCGUUCAUUGCAAAUUGCAGAUAGAUACAGACAUGAACAGAAUAGGUAAACACUGCCGUCAUGAUGACCUGAUCAUCAGAAAGCUUACACAUUU